AUGGAUAAGCUUCGCUUCGCCCGCAGCCUAUCCGCCCGAGGGUGUCUCCAAGCCCAUGGAGGGCACCCUCCAUCUAGCGUCCAGGGCGCUCUCAAGCUCUAUGAAGGGCGCCUGAUGCUUUUGGUGAAGAAGGGACCGGAACGAGCGGCGAAGAAGCCAAGGAAGUCCAAAGUUGGCAAGGAUCCCAACAUGCCCAAGAGGCCUCAGAGUGCCUUCUUCGUCUUCAUGUUGCUAGCUGGAGGAGACAAGUGGAAAUCUUUGACGGAAGAAGAGAAAGCUCCAUACAUAGCUAAAGCAGCAAAGCUCAAAGCCGAUUACACCAAAACCAUGGCUGCCUACAAUAAAGGUCAGUCUGGUGGAGGAGAAGGAAGUCGUGCUACUGCCACAGAUGAAGAAGAAGAAGAAGAAGAAGAAGGCGAGGAAUCCGACAAGUCAAAAUCUGAGGUGAAUGAUGACGAUGAGGAUGAUGAAGAAGAAGAGGAUGAAGAGGAUGAUGAAUAA